CAUCCUCUCCUCCUCCUCUCCCCCUCCCCCUCUCCUUCCAUGGCCUCCCUCGCCCGUCUCCGGCCUCGCAUCGCACCUAGAUUAUCUGCCUUCGCGCGCUCGUUGCAGACCGCGGCGGACAGCACACAGCUCGUCCACCCUCUUCCGGAAGAGGGCUCAAAACCAUUUACCGUCAAGCUUCACGAGGACUCCUUCCGCGCGUAUCGCACGGAGACGCCCGAGCUUGAGGUUCAGGUCACCAAAGAUGGUCUCAUCAAGAUGUACCGCGAGAUGACCCUCAUGCGUCGUAUGGAGCAGAGCGCAGACGCUCUCUACCGCUCCAAACUCAUCCGCGGCUUCUGCCAUCUUGCAAUUGGCCAGGAAGCCGUUGCUGUAGGUAUGGAGAAUGCAAUCACCCCCGACGAUCUCGUCAUCACCUCAUACCGCUGUCAUCCAUUCGCCGUUCUCCGCGGCGGCACCGUUGCGGGUGUGCUCGGGGAGCUGCUUGGGCGCCAGUCGGGCAUGUCCAACGGCAAGGGCGGAUCAAUGCACAUCUUCACACCCCGCUUCUUCGGAGGUAACGGCAUCGUUGGCGCGCAGGUCCCAGUCGGGGCGGGCAUCGCUUUUGCACAGAAGUACCUCGAGAAGCCGACCGCGACAUUUGCCAUGUACGGUGAUGGCGCGAGUAACCAGGGUCAGGUGUUCGAGGCGUUCAACAUGGCAAAACUGUGGAACCUUCCAUGCGUUUUCGUCAUCGAGAACAAUAAGUAUGGAAUGGGAACGUCCGCCGAACGUAGCUCUUCCAACACGGAGUACUACACUCGUGGCGAUAAGAUCCCCGGUAUCCAGGCUAACGGCAUGGACAUCGUCGCCUCGUCCCAGGCUGUCAAGCACGCUCGUGAAUGGGCCAUCUCCGGCAAGGGCCCUCUGCUCCUCGAAUUCGUCACGUACCGUUAUGGUGGUCACUCUAUGUCCGACCCCGGAACCACGUACCGUACUCGCGAGGAGGUCCAGCGCAUGCGUAGCACGCAGGACCCUAUCCGCGGGCUCGAGCGCUACAUCGAGGAGUGGGGCGUUGCGACCGCCGAGGAGCUCAAGAAAAUUGACAAGGAGGGCAAGGCGAUCGUCGACAAGGCCGUAGAGGAGGCCAAGGCGUCGCCCGAGCCCGCGCUCGUCGACCUCUGGACCGACAUCUACUACAAGGGCACCGAGCCGCCGUUCAUGCGCGGACGCGAGCGCGAGGAGGUGCACCACUACUGAUCGGUUGGGCUGACGCGCUAUCCUGCCGGGGCGAUGGGAGCGUCGGAUGUUUGAUGUAGGGGUUGCGUUGCCUUUGCCUUUGUCGUUUGUUGUUGGUGUCGAUUGGGGCGGUUGUAGACGAUUAGUUCAUCAGUAUUCACUCCGUAGAAUGUUCGCGCUCUGUGGCAUAUAAUUGCAUACGCUAUUGUUGGGCACACUUUGAAGA